CCUUGGCAGCCCCUCCCCGUGAAGGCUGGGCGGUGCUGCUGGGAGCGGGCGGCGCACAGCAGCGCUGCAGCCCCCAAGCGCCUGCAACAUCUGGCCGCUGUGCUGCGGAGGAUCCGCGCUCGGGACAAGCCCCGCAGGCAGUGGUUGGGGUGAAGGAUGUUCUCCUCGGUGAAGCUCUACGAGAAUCAGCACUUCUCGGCCCUGAAGAAAGACUGCCAGUCCCCCGCCACCGACGACUCCCUCUUCUACAAGUCACGGAUUCAAGGCAUCCAGUGGAAACGCCCGAAUGAGAUCUGUGACGAUCCCUAUCUCUUUGUGGAUGGAAUCAGUUCCCACGACUUGCACCAGGGCCAGGUUGGGAACUGCUGGUUCGUGGCAGCCUGCUCCUCUCUGGCCUCCCGGGAAUCUCUGUGGCAGAAGGUCAUCCCGGACUGGAAGGAGCAGGAGUGGAAUGCUGAAAAGCCAGAGAACUACGCUGGGAUCUUUCACUUCCAGUUCUGGCGAUUCGGCGACUGGGUGGACGUGGUGAUAGACGACCGCCUGCCGACGCUCCACAACCAGCUCAUCUACUGCCACUCCAACUCCAAGAACGAGUUCUGGUGUGCGCUGGUGGAGAAGGCCUAUGCCAAGCUGUCUGGGUGCUAUGAGGCCCUAGAUGGAGGCAACACAGCUGACGCACUGGUCGAUUUUACCGGCGGCGUGUCUGAGCCCAUCGACCUGAUCGAAGGGAACUAUGUUAACGACGAAGCCAAACGCAAUCUCCUCUUUGAGCGAGUGUUGAAGGUCUACAACCGGGGAGGCCUCAUCAGCUGCUCCAUCAAAGCCACCACAGCAGCUGACAUGGAAGCCCGCCUGGACUGUGGCCUUGUCAAAGGACAUGCCUACGCUGUGACAGACGUCCGGAAAGUCCGCUUGGGCCACGGCCUGCUGGCCUUCUUCAAAUCGGAGAAGCUGGAUAUGAUCCGGAUGCGGAACCCCUGGGGGGAGAGGGAGUGGAACGGCCCGUGGAGUGACACCUCUGAGGAAUGGCAGAAGGUGAGCAAGAGUGAGCGAGAGAAGCUGGGGAUGACGGUGGAGGAUGACGGGGAAUUCUGGAUGACAUUCGAAGACUUCUGCAAGUAUUUCACUGACAUCAUCAAGUGCCGCCUCAUAAACACAUCCUACCUGAGCAUCCAUAAGACGUGGGAGGAGGCGGUGUUGCGCGGGGAGUGGACGAGACAUGACGACCCCCUCAAGAACCGCUCCGGAGGCUGCAUCAAUCACAAAGCCACCUUCCUGCAGAACCCCCAGUACGUGUUUGAUGUGAAAAAGGCAGAAGACGAAGUGCUGAUCUCCAUCCAGCAGAGACCAAAGAGGACCAGCCGCAAAGAAGGCAAAGGAGAGAACUUGGCCAUCGGGUUUGAUAUCCACAAGGUGGAGCUGAACCGGCGUUACAGGAUGCAUACCCUGCAGCAGAAAGUGGCCAGCUCCAUCUACAUUAACUCCCGCAGCAUCUUCCUGAGGACGGACCUGAAGGAAGGGCGCUACGUCAUCAUUCCCACGACCUUCGACCCGGGUCAUGUGGGAGAGUUCCUGCUCCGGGUGUUCACAGACGUGCCGGCAGACUGCAGAGAGCUGACCUUGGACGAGCCGCCUCGCACCUGCUGGAGUGGAAUGUGUGGGUAUCCUCAAGUGGUAUCACAGGUCCAUGUCCUGGCAGCUGCUGGGCUGAAGAACCAGGAUUCCCAAGGAGGAGCAGACCCCUACGUGAUCAUUAAGUGUGAAGGGGACAAAAUUCGAUCUCCAGUGCAGAAAAACACCCUGGCUCCAGAGUUUGAUGUGAAAGGUCUCUUCUAUCGCAAGAAGUCAGGACAGCCCAUCAUUGUGCAGGUCUGGAACCAUAACAUUAUAAGUGACGAGUUCCUGGGCCAGGUGGCCCUGACCGGUGACCCCGAUGACCGUCUGUCACAGCACACUCUUCAACUCCAAGAUAAAGGGAACAAAAAAUCCAGCGGCUUUUCAGGAACCAUUGCUGUGAGACUCCUCACCAGCAGCACCCUCACCAAUGUCUAGCUACUCAAGGACUCUGCUUCGGGAGCCGUCUGUGUGAAUAGAAUAUAUAUAUAUAUAGUAUAUAUACUAUCUGCAAGAGUAUAUGAACUAUGCAUGCAUCACAUGUAAAGGGGCCAGUCUUACGUUUUCAAUGUUAAACAAGGUGCCUUUUGGGAACCAAAAUGAUUCUUUUACUCACACGAGGCAUCCUGUGUAGCCAGUACUUAAGAGGGCUGUCCCGGUGUGAAAGCACUGGGCCGAUGGUACUUUUUGUGACAGCCGGCAUGGGAUGCCAUGAUGCUGUUUGUUUACAUGGGGAUGUCGCGCACCCCCAGAGAUGGGCAGAUUGGUCCCCCCAAGCAAUAUGCCUCUGUCAAUCUACCUGCUUGGUUUUAGAUAACAGUGGAAAUCCAUCAUCCCCGAAGUCUCCGUGAAUCACAUAUCUGGGGUCGCAUCUCAGAAAAGUGGCUCCCAAGUGGUUGAACUGGACCUGGAGGUUGGUGUGCAUAGUGGCCCAGGUUUGUACCCUGGCUGCAGAGCAGCUGGAGACAGAAAACUUCAGAGAAUUUCCAGUCUUUCCAAACCAGGAAACCCCAUCCUCCUCAGGCAGCAGCCCUACCUUACCAAGCAAGAGACCCUGGCUGCACCGCCCAUGCUUGCUGUCUCACUUUCAGCGGAGUGGGGUCUGCCUUGCCAAGUAUCAACCCCCCCUCUUUCAUGGAACGUUGGGAGAGGGACAAAGGGAAAAGCCAGUCUGGCCCCUUGAACGAACUCAAUGGUCCUCAACUUGUCAGUGGCAUAGCUAGGACAGGAAAACUGGAUGGGCCCAAAUUUUUGGGUAGGCGGGCAAGGUUGGGGGAAAAGGGGCUGCCAGGACAAGUGGGGGCCUUUCCCCAUCCCUUUUGCCUGCAGUCCACUCCUGUCCCCCCAGCCCUUCUGUUGGGGAAAUGGAGUCAGGGCAUGGGGGCAUGCUCCAUCCCCCACCUGCUGCUCUUGACGGAGUGGGGGUGGGGUGUGAGGGCUUGCCUGCUCUGCCCGCCCAGCCUUCCUGCCAGGGAGCGGGGUUGGAGCAUAGGGAUGCCCAUUUUUCCACACCCCACCCAAUUGGCCAGGGCUCCUGGCACAGGUCCCAUUGGCCCAGUGACAAAUGAACUACUCCAGUGUGGCUCCCUCUGCCCUGCUGUGCCCCAUUCACACCUGCUCCCUCAAACUCUGGAGCACAGCUGCCCCUCCCUGUCCUGUCCCACUGACCCUGCCACCUCUGGAGUGGAGCUCCACCUUCCUUGCUCUGCCCCAGUCUCCCCCCACCUCCAGAGUGCAGCUCCCCCUCCCAUCCUAUCCCACUCACUCCUUUCCCCAUCUGGGGUGGGGGGUGUAAUUGACCAAGAUUGGGGACCACUGAACAAGCUCCUAAGAAAGUCACGGAACACACAACCUAUCUUGUCUAUUCCUCACAGACAAGCAAGCCAUACCGACAGGAGAAGUGAGUGUUUACAGCCUUUUUCAUUUCAUCAUGUUGUAUCAGGACCAAAAUGUCUUACUAGCUGUAAUCCUUUAGGUUAGUUUUUCUUUCUCUUAAGAAACAGAAUGAUAGAAGUAGGGUUUAUUCCCCUCCAAGGAAAUCGCAGACGUGUCUUUAGUUCCAUGAUUUAUUUGGAUGUCUCUUAUUUUUAAAGCAGAUUGGGUAGGGGAGUUACUGACAUUCCAUUGUAAAUGUUGCUGGUGUUUCCACUUCAGUAAAAUGGAUAGAACUUUUACUGUAGUUAGUUAAAUAUGUGUUGGUUUUGGGGGGCAGAUCAGCACUUUACAAUCAGCCUAGUUGGUCUAGGAGAUGUCUUUGAUUUAAUGCCUGCUAUUUUCCUCCGUCAUUUCAUUCCUCUCAAAGAAUCCAGUAUUGCACUUUAUUGCAUAAAACUUCAUGGCAUGUGUGUGUUAAAAUGGUCUGGGGAAAUGUCUUUGUGUACAAAGGGCAUCCAAGCGUCAUGCUGUACGAGAUCAAAAAGCAGUCCAACAUGGAGUUGAGAAAAAGCCAAACCUGUACAGAUUGUACCUUCUAUAAAUAAAUUGCGUAUCUUUUAUCUGAAGUCCAUCAGUUGCAAAUACCGUGGUCUCCCACAACCCUUUCCCAAACCCAAGGGCUACUGUAUGGAUUGGGUGUGUCACUUUUACAUUCUUUUCAAUAAACUCCAUUUUGAUUGGA